AUGGACGAGUCACAGCUGCAGCUGGUGGCGCGGCGGAUCCGCAGCUUCCCAGACUUCCCCAGUCCCGGUGUGCUGUUCAGAGACAUCUCGCCCGUCCUGAAGGACCCUGACUCCUUCCGUGCCUCCAUCAGCCUCCUGGCCAGUCACCUGAAGAAGACCCAUGGCGGGAAGAUCGACUAUAUCGCCGGCCUGGACUCCCGCGGUUUCCUGUUCGGGCCCUCCCUGGCCCAGGAGCUUGGCCUAGGGUGCUUGCUCAUCCGGAAGCGUGGGAAGCUGCCUGGCCCCACCGUGUCCACCUCGUACACACUGGAGUACGGGAAGGCUGAGCUGGAGAUCCAGAAGGAUGCCCUGGAGCCCGGACAAAAAGUGGUCGUGGUGGACGAUCUGCUGGCCACUGGAGGAACCAUGCGGGCAGCGUGUGAGCUGCUGGGCCAGCUGCAGGCCGAGGUGCUGGAGUGCGUGAGCCUGGUGGAGCUGACGUCGCUGAGGGGGCGGGAGAAGGUGGCCCCAGUGCCCUUCUUUGCCCUGCUGCAGUACGAGUGA